UAGUGAGCAACACAAGUUUUGCUAAAACACUAAUGCGCAGGCGCACAGUAAACGAGAGCGAGCGAACAAGUGAACGAGUUAGUGAAUCGCUAACUGGUAGUUGGCACAGUGAAUGUGAAUAUAUGUGGGUACAACAACACACAUAUUACAAAAUACAAAUAUUGCGAAAUAUAUAAGGCGCAUACAAACUUACGCAUAACAAAUGAGUCAAUGAGUUGGGCUAAUUGCAAAUAGCGCAUUGUGAAUGGUGGAUUAGUGGACAAGAGGAGCGGUGGAAAGGUGGAAAGGAGAUCGCAUCAAGUAACACCAGCAGCAGUGCAAACACAGAGGCACACACACAUGCCAUAGUACAAGCAAAUGCACGACUCACAAAAUACAAACAGACCUACAAAUCUGAAAUAAAACAAAGCAUUGACCACAAAAUCUAAAUAAAUAUUUGAUGUUGAAGAAGCAGUGUAAAAGCAAAGUGAGUUCAAAAGGCGAAGCGAGUGUCGAAUGCAAAGCGCGAAAUAAGUAAAUAAAAUAAGAAGUGCAUGCAAUUAAAAAGUGCAAGUAAACAAUCAAAAUUAUCAAAAUGUUGCGCCAUCAGUGUAAAGUACCGUGUAACUGCAUCUCAUUUGUUUUGGUCCUCUUGGGCACAGUGGCUUAUUGGACGCAAUUGGCAGCUGGUCAGAGUAUAUACUCGAUAAUUGCACCCAACACUUUGCGGCCCAAUUCACAUUACCAUGUAGCUGUGAGUGUACAUAAAUCCCCAGAACCGGUCAAAGUGAAAGUGGGCAUUAUCGGUUCGAGUUACACCAAUUUUAAAUUUGCAGAAGUGCGGCCCUAUUCAACGGAGUUGGUGGAUUUUGAGAUACCAGCACUAAAGCGAGAUCGCUACAGCUUGACUGCGGAAGGUGUCAGUGGCGCCAUAUUCACCAAUGAAACCCAACUCAACUUUGAAGCCAAACAAUUCACCGUAUUGGUGCAAAACGACAAAGCCAUCUAUCAACCUGGUGAUUUGGUGCAUUAUCGCGUCCUACUGUUAGACGCCAAUUUGAAACCAGCCCGAAAUUACGGUCGUGUACACUUAACAAUACGAGAUGCUGGCGAUAAUAUCAUAAAAAGCUACCGAGAUAUACGACUGACAAAUGCUGUAUAUAGCAAUGAACUACAAUUGUCCGACUAUCCGAAAAUGGGCGAAUGGUCGGUGAAUGUGGAGGUAAUGGAAGAAUUACACAAAAGCACUUUCGAGGUGGUGGAAUACAUUUUGCCUAAAUUCGUAGUUGAAAUAGACACAGCCAAACAUGCGAUCUACAAGGAUGACAAAAUUCAGGCGAACAUCAAGGCGCAUUAUGCAUAUGGCGAACCAAUUGUAGGCGAGGCUACACUCUCUAUAUAUCCCACCUUCUUCGGUUCGUUGCAACCGUUCGUGAAUGAUUUAAUUACGAGAAAAGUGGUGCCCAUUAACGGCAAUGCCUAUUUCGAAUUCGAUAUACGCAAUGAGCUUAAAUUGAAGGAGGAUUAUGAACGUGAAUAUUUGCUAGACGCUUUGGUUGAAGAGAAGUCCACCGGCUCGGUGCAGAAUUUCUCCACUGUGAUAACGGUGCAUUUAGAUGCUUAUCGAGUCGAGACUGUGCGUAUACCCAGUUAUUAUAUACCAGGUGUGCCGUUCGAGGUGACGGCAAAAGUCGUUCGCAGUGACGGUGCUCAACUUAAGAACUUCCCACCCGAGGCAACGGCAUAUCUGACCAAUGUUUAUGGCAGCAGCGAAAUGUACAAUAAAACAGUUUAUGGCAUUAACACGAAUGGUGAAUUUAAAAUGAAAUUUACUGUGCCGGAAGGCGAUAAGGAUGAAUAUCACUCAGUUAUCGUGAACUAUAUUGGCAUUAUCACCGAUGUGGGCAAAAUACCUCGUAAACAUUUACAUAGCAAAAAUUACAUUACUGCAAAAAUAUUGAAUGAUAAGCCAAUGAUAAAUCAGGAUGUUGCUGUAGCUGUGCGCUCCAAUGAGCCAAUGAAGUACUUCAUUUAUCAGUUAGUUGGACGUGGUGAUAUUAUUACAACCCAUGCUGUGCAAGUGGAUAACAGCAACUAUCACACUUUUAAAUUUCUGGCCACAUUUGCUAUGAUGCCGCGCGCGAAGCUGCUACUCUAUAUGGUAGUAAAUGGCGAGUUUGUCUACGAUGAGCAGGUGAUCGAAUUCGAGCACACAUUGAUAAAUAAUAUACAAGUUGAGGCACCACUCAAAGCACCUCCUGGGCAGGAUAUCGAUAUAACAAUCACGACCAAACCGUACUCAUAUGUGGGUCUUAUGUUGGUAGAUCAGAAUGCCGUCAAUAUAAGAAAAGGUAACGAUCUCAGUUAUAGUGGCCUAAUGGAAGCCUUGAACGCUUACGAGUUGCGUGAUAUCAAUACACAACGCGGCUCACCCGGUAAAGAAUCGGGCGUUAUAACAAUGUCGAAUGCAGAUUUUAUAAUAGAAAAAGAACCCGAGACUACACCGAAUCUGCUGCGCGAUUAUGAUGAUGACGAUAACAAAUUAACCACAAUACGCAAGACGGAUAUAGGACCAGCACAUCACUUCGAAGUGAAUACACUCGCUCCUGGCAAGGGGCGUUAUGCCUUCUCGUAUACACCCAAGCCUUAUUGGCAUAAUCCUCGGAUUCAUUUGAUGCAUGAGCCUGCAGACACUUGGCUUUUCCUGAACAUUUCGGCGAGUAAUGAAGGACGCACAACGUUGCAUCGUCGUAUACCAAGUUCUAUGACUUCGUGGGUGCUGUCCGCAUUUUCAUUGGAUCCAAUAACCGGUUUGGGCUUGACAAACCCAACAAAAACAUUGCAGUCGUACAAAGAGUUUUACAUUAGCACUGAAGUCCCAUACUCGAUUAGGAAAGGAGAGAUCAUCGCACUGCCAUUCGUCAUCACCAACAAUAAGGAUAGCGAUUUGGAUGUUGAGGUAACAUUUUACAACACCGCGCAAGAAUUUGAGUUUCCGCCACUUGACGCAAAGGGCGAUCCUACACCAAAAAUCGAAUUGUACAGUCGUCGCACAGUGCGAGUUCUGGCGCAUUCCGUAAAACCUAUAGCCUUCAUUGUGAAACCCAAACGUGUCGGUCCUAUUAACGUCAAGGCGGUGGCUAAUUCUCCGCUGGCUGCCGACACAGUCGAAACCACCCUGCUUGUCGAAUAUCCAGGCGCUAUAGAGACCAUUAAUCAUGGUUUCCUCUUCGAACUUAGUUCAGGUCCACAAACCAAAAUAAAUAUCUCUGCCAAUGUGCCACGUAAUGCCAUCGCCGGCUCAACGAAGAUACAAAUGACUGCAGUGGGAGAUGUGAUAGGCAGCUUACUGGGAAAUAUUGAGCACUUAAUAGCCUUACCAACGGGCUGUGGCGAACAGGCAAUGGUUCAUUUUAUGCCCAACUUAUUGGUGCUGCGAUACCUGGAGCGUCUCCGCCAACUGACGCCUGCGACUGAAAUGCGCAUUAAACGCAAUUUAGAAGUGGGCUAUCAACAUUUGCUCUAUUAUCGUCAUAUGAACGGUGCUUUCAGCGCUUUUGGUUUAGAGGAGAAGAGUGGUUCGACUUGGUUGACCGCUUAUGUGGCGCGUGCCUUCCGACAAGCUGCUCCUUACAUUUACAUUGACGAGGCAAUUGUGAAAAAAGCUCUGGAAUAUUUGGCUAGUACCCAAACCGCUGGUGGAGGCUUUGAAGAGAGAGGAGACGUUUUUGAGGCAUUUAGUGAUGAAGGUUUGAGUUUAACGGCGUUUGGAACAAUGGCCUUCAUGGAGAAUGCGAAAGCCUAUCCCGAGUACACGAACGUUAUCAACAAGGCCUUGGAUUUUAUAACGCGCGGUUUGGAUAGCUCCAGUGAUUUACAUGCCACGGCAAUUGGCACCUAUGUGCUGUCACGAGCCAACCAUAAUUCCAAGAGUGCUUUCUUGCAGCGGCUCGAUGCUAUGGCGGUCAACGAAGAUGGAAAGAAGUGGUGGAAUAAGACAGCACCCAUUGCCGAAGGACCCUCGCCUUGGUACAAUCGCACGCGCUCGGUGAAUAUUGAAAUCUCCUCGUAUGCGGCGCUUGCGCUGCUUGAAAACAAUCUCAUCGGCGACGCCUUGCCAGUACUCAAAUGGCUGGCGGAUCAGCGCAAUGCAUUCGGUGGUUUUGUCUCUUCGCAAGACACCGUAGUCGGCAUACAAGCGCUGAUGGCCUUCGCUGCACGUUUCUCAAGUCAAGCUAAUAAUGUGCAGGUGAGCGUGCAAUAUGGACAGGGUGCCGAGACUACGCUUAACGUGAAUGGAGAGAAUUCGCUGGCGCUACAAAGCUAUGAACUUCCGAAUACGGUGAAAAAUCUUACCAUAUCAGCUACAGGCCAAGGCAUCGCUUUUGCGCAAUUAAGCUACAGUUACAAUACCAAUGUGACGAGUGCGUGGCCUCGAUUUGUGCUCGAUCCAACGGUGAAUCGGAAUUCGCAUUCAGACUAUUUGCAUUUAUCAGCGUGUGCAAGCUUCGUGCCAGUCGAGGAGGAUGCCAGCCGUUCCAAUAUGGCGGUUAUGGAAAUUUAUUUGCCCAGUGGCUUCGUGGUAGACACUGAAACGCUGCCCACACUGGAAUCCAGCGAAAGAAUUAAGCGCGUAGAAACACAGCGCCGCAACACUGUGGUUAUUAUUUACUUCGACUAUUUGGACCGGCGGGAAGUUUGUCCAACGCUGCAUGCUUACAAAACAGUGAAAGUUACAGGCCACCAGCUGGUGCCAGUGGUCAUGUACGAUUACUAUGACAACGCACGUCGUGCGCGUCAAUUCUAUCGUGCACCCAAAUCCGUUGUUUGCGACAUUUGCGAGCAUGCCAACUGCGGCACGCUGUGUGAAAAAGCUGAGAAGCGUGAAUCGCGUCGUUUGGAUGGCAGUGACAGUGACGUCGAAAGCAGAUCAGGCAGCACGGACAAUCGCGUCUCAGUCUGCACAAUCGCCAUACUUAGUUUGGUGGCGGUUGCAGCAACUUUUAGUUUUAAAAUAUAGUUUGCAAUAUAUGCAUUUAUUAUACAAACAAAUAACAAAUAACAAAAAAAAAAAACAGAGCUUUAACCACUUUAAAGUAACAAGAAGUGAUACUAAACAGUUCAACGAACGUGUGCCGCGAUCCAGUAAAUAUUAUUUUCAUAUGUAUUUGUAUAUGUGUAUAAACUCUAUGAUUGUGUGCGGUGCUGUGCAUACUGCAUUCUAGAUAUAUAUGUAAAAAUUAUGUACUUAUAAAUCAGUUAGAAUCAAGAACUUAUAUACACUCAGUUAUACUUGUUGUUAAAAUUUAUUUUGACAGACUUGUGAAAUAUGAAAUGCUAAUGAAAUAUGUUCAUUAUUACAUUAAAAACAAAAUCAAAUGUGCAAUUGCAAUGUAUGUAUGUAUGUAUAAUUAUGAAUUGUUAACUAAAUAUGUACUUAGUAACUAAGCGCUAAACUACUAUUGUAAAAUAAUUUAUAACGCUAAUAAUUUCUACUCCCCUUCUUCCCUACGUCCUAACGAUGCACAAAUAAACUUUCUUACAUUACUAAA